AUGGCGUCGUCAGCUCUUUCCGGGCCCUGUGUGGCUCUUGUCCUCCUCUUCUUCGGUUUGACCUCCUGCACUCCUUCCAGCCCGCCCUCCGACCACUGCGCAGCCCUCGAACAGAGUCGCUUCUUCGGCGUGUUCUCGUCCACGACCAACCUGCCCUCUGCGCCGUGCUCCUGGACCCUGCAGAACCCCGACCCCCGCCGCUACACCGUCUACAUGAAGAUCACCAAACCGACCGAUUCCUGCACUCCGAGGCAGAUCAGAACCUUCCAGUUCGACUCUUUCAUCGAGACGUCGCGUACCUACCUGGGCAUGGAGAGCUAUGAUGAGGUAGUCAGGCUGUGUGACGCUUCAACCACCGUCACCUACAUUGAAUCCAGCAAGCAGUUCCUGCAGAUCCGCAAGGUGGCCUCGAGUAACGGCCCGGAGAUUGCGAAUACACGGGACAAGAAUGCCGUCAGCGAGUUCAAGGCUGAGUUUCUAGUUGUGGGGAAAAGGAACCCGAGUAUGCCCGCCUGCCAGAUGCUGUGCCAGUGGCUGGAGAAGUGCCUGUCUACGAGUACCCACGAGUAUCCCUGUGGCAUCAUGAACACCCCUUGCCAGUGUUGGGAGACCCCAAAAAGAAAGCCGGGGAGCUGCUUCAGGGGUGGUGUCUACGUUGAGAAAUGCGUUCCAGUGCCCAGAAACAACGAACAAAACGCUGAAAUCAUCAAGGGCUGGGCUGGUUGGAGCCGUUGGUCCGUUUGCAGUCAGGAAUGCGGGGGUGGCGUCCAGGUGCGCAGCCGAGCCUGUCAGCCCGAUGACGCUGUAUGCGAGGGCACCGUUGAGGAAGGGCGGGCAUGCAACCCACGGCCCUGUAUAGGCAAUGAACGUAGCAAGAGCCAGGGUCUGAGGGCCAUUGUUGGUAUGGGGAGAGACCAUGCCGACGAUUUUAGCUUCGGAGGAGCUGCAACCCAAAUCGCAACUACUAAGACAGACGAGUGGUCCCCUUGGAGCGCAUGUUCAGUGACGUGCGGAGAAGGCUGGCAAAGCCGCACCCGUGUCUGCGCGACUUCCUCCUUCGCCACCCAGUGCACCGGCCCCCUGCGUGAAAACAGACCUUGCAACAACACGGCCGUCUGCCCAGUUGAUGGCACCUGGGACGAAUGGACCCCGUGGAGCUUGUGUUCAUCCACAUGUGGUCGGGGUUACCGUGACCGCACCCGCACAUGCAGGCUGCCCCAAAAUGGAGGAGAGCCUUGCAAGGGCCCUUCAAGACAGAACAAGCUCUGCAACAUUGCUGUAUGCCCCGUGGACGGACACUGGAACGAGUGGUCGGUGUGGAGCCCUUGUUCUGCUUCUUGCUCCAACGGUACCAUGCAGAGAACACGAGAAUGCAACGGCCCAUCCUACGGAGGCUCAGAGUGCCACGGGGGCUGGAAAGAAGUCAUCAACUGCUUCCUGAAAGAGUGCCCUGUUGAUGGGCGCUGGCAUGCUUGGAGCUCGUGGGGCAGCUGCAGCAGGACUUGCGGUGGCGGCAUCCAGCAGAGACAAAGAGUUUGUGAAGGGCCUUUCUUUGGUGGGGAGCCUUGCCCUGGUGAAAGAGGAGAGCAGAAGCGCUGCAAUGAGAAGAGAUGCCCCGAGCCCCAUGAGAUUUGCCCUGAGCAGAACGACGGAGAUGUUGUGUGGAAGAAAACUCCCGCUGGAGACAUGGCUGCCAUCUCGUGUCCGGCUGACACCGCAGGUCUGAUUCUUCGCCGGUGCAGUCUUAAUGCUGUCGGCCUCGCCACCUGGGAGAGCCCAACCUACAUCAAGUGUGUCUCUAAGAACUAUGAGAACAUUCAGAUGCUGUCACGAGACUACAGCUCCAAAGCAAAGACGGCACAAAGCGUAGAUGGCAUCGCUGAGGCGAUUUCACGUCUGAGGUUCUUAACCGACGAAGGCGCAACAUUCAGCGGCGACCUCAUGGCCGUCAUGGAAAUCCUCGAGAACAUCACCGAGACGUACAAGGCGACGAGGCUGAGGCUCAGCAACGCGGAUGUAGAGAACUAUGUCCAGACCAUCAGCAACCUGUUGAAAGAGGAACAUCAUGACAAAUGGGAAGAGGCACAGCUGAUGGGUGCCAAUGUUAAGGAAUUCUUCCGUCUCGUCGAGGAGUCGGUGAACAUGAUCGGUAUGCAAAUGAGCGGCUUCCAGGACAUUUACGAAGUCACCGAGAAUUUAGUGCUGAGCAUCCAUAAGCGGCCGACGACGACAAGCAACAACUUCACUUUCCCUGCUAAGGGCUGGAGGGGCAUGUUAGACUGGGUCAGGACCGCUGAGGAGAAAAUAUCAGUUUCCAGAGAUGCUUUGGCCAUUGAGCACAGUGAUGGAAAUGAUGCAUUUGUGACUGGCAUUGUCCUCUACAGAAACCUCACUUCCUUUCUUUCCUUUCAGAGCAACAGCACUCUGCUCAAUUCAAAGGUAGUGACAGUGAUCGUCAAGCCUACACCUGCCCUUUUGUCUUCUCCCGUCGAGAUUGAGUUCCCGCAUCUCCACAACGGCACUAUGAAUGAGACAUGCCUCUCGUGGGACGAAAGUGAAACAUCCUCCCUGCUUGGAUCGUGGUCUGCUCGGAGCUGCAGAGCCGUAGCCGUUCAUUCAUUCAGAACCAAAUGCGUGUGUGACAGCCCCUCCACCUUCGCCAUUUUAGCGCGCGUCAACUUCGACUCGAUCAUGGACAAGGCGCUUCUCCCGUCCGUGACUCUCAUAGUUGGCUGCGGGGUGUCUUCUCUCACCCUGCUCCUCCUCAUCAUCAUCUACGUCUCCGUGUGGAAGUAUAUCCGCUCUGAGCGCUCUGUUAUCUUGAUAAACUUCUGCCUGUCUAUUAUUUGCUCCAAUGCGCUCAUUCUCAUUGGACAAACUCAGGCCCGCAAUCAGGUGGUGUGCACACUGGUAGCAGCUUUCCUGCACUUCUUUUUCCUUUCCUCUUUCUGCUGGGUGCUGACAGAAGCUUGGCAGUCCUACAUGGCCGUCACUGGUCGUCUGCGCAACCGCAUCAUCCGCAAGCGCUUCUUGUGCUUGGGAUGGGGCCUCCCUGCAUUGGUGGUGGCCGUGUCUGUGGGUUUCACAAAAGCCAAGGGAUAUGGCACCGUCAACUACUGUUGGCUCUCUCUUGAGGGCGGGCUCCUCUACUCCUUUGUUGGCCCGGCUGCAGCUGUUGUUUUGGUGAAUAUGGUCAUUGGUAUUCUGGUCUUUAACAAGCUCGUAUCCAAGGACGGCAUUACCGACGUGAAGCUGAAGGAGAGAGCUGGGGCAUCACUGUGGAGCUCCUGUGUGGUUCUGCCUCUCUUGGCCCUCACGUGGAUGUCUGCUGUACUGGCCAUCACAGACCGCCGUUCUGCCCUCUUCCAAAUCCUCUUUGCUGUUUUCGACUCCCUGGAAGGUUUCAUCAUUGUCAUGGUCCACUGCAUCCUCCGUAGAGAGGUUCAGGAAGCUGUUAAGUGCAGAGUAGUUGACCGCAAGGAUGACGGCAAUGGAGAUUCUGGAAGCUCACAUCACAAUGGCCACAACCAGUUUACGCAGUCGGAUAAUGAAAAGGAUGGAGAUUCAUGCAGACAAGGAAUGAGCGGCUCAUCAGAAGAGAAGAUGUCCCCCCCUCAAAUGCCUCUUCCCAUGGGCCCCAACUUCCACACCCUGCCAUCCAACAAGACCCACAUGCAAGCAGUUCCUGAAUAUUCCAGCCACACUCUCACCUUGAAGAGAGAGAAGAGCCGCCUGGGUGGGGGAGGCGACCCAUCCUGUGGAAAACCCGUGUACGUGUGUGAGGGUGAGCUCUUCCAGCAGUUGGAUGUUGAUCUCGCUCGGGUUCAGGCAGAGGGCGGAGUCUCUGACGGCAGCGGUUACGUGCUCAUGCCCAACACGACGUCCACCCUGAGAUCCAAGCCCAAAGACGACCCGACGAAGUACACCAUCAGCGUCGAACAACUACCGCAGGCCAGACUCAUGCACCUAAGUGGCCCCUUUGCUGAGCCGCAAGCUGCCUUCGGGAUCAAGCCAAUUCCCUGCGACCAGGUCAGCGUGUCCUAUUCCGAGAGGGACUCACCCAUCCAAAACAUCCACAACAUGUCCAGCGAGUCUCACAUCACUCACAGCAGCCUGGAGAAUACCUUUGAGUCGAUGAACUCGAUGAUGUCCAAAAGCGAGACCAUCUCCACCUUGUCCAUGAGCUCCUUGGAGCGACAAAAGUCCCGGUAUGCUGAGCUUGACUUUGAGAAAAUAAUGCACACAAAGAAGCGUCACCAGAACAUGUUCCAGGACCUGAACAGGAAGUUACAUCAUGCGGAUAAAGACAGAGAGUCGCCAGCCUCUGACAGCAAGUCUGUGAGAUGGAGCGUAUCAUCAGCAGGAAGUGACAAAACGAACCACAGCGACAAACAGCAGGGUCCCUUGGAGAGGCCAUGGGAAGGGGUACGGGGCUUACCGCAGCAGUCUCCCCCCGCGUGGGUCCGCAAAGACUUGGAGCCUCUGGCUGCCUCACCGCUGGAGCUGCACUCUGUGGAGUGGGAGAAGAGCAGCACCCCCAUCCCCCUGGUGGGUCAGGACAUCAUUGACCUGCAGACAGAAGUCUGAGGGCAAGGGGCUAGCAAGCAAGGCCGCGUUAUUUUACCUCGGUUACCUUUUGGGCUUGGGCUCCUGUAUUGGUAAAAUACGAAAAAGUACGAAAGUUAGAAAGUGAGAAAGUAGGUCCGAGAAUCAAUGUCUUCAAAUCCUCAGCCAGAGCAGGAAGAAGGGAGUGGGUGGGUUAAGAUUGGAAGAUAGAGUGGGGUGGUUUAUUAUCGUUGCCUCUCUGAGUGGACUUGGCUCGGGAGGUCAAGGGGCUGGCGGAGAGUUCCGGGGUCCAAAUAGAGCAGAACUGGCUGUGGUUCCCUUAGUGUUCCUAAAACCUGGAGUUUAGAUGGUGUGGCUCAUGACAUCUGCUGUGCUUCUUCUGACACUCAGCUCAACUUCAGAGACAAACAAAACAAUAUAUUAUGGGAUCUCCUCCCUGCUUUUGGGGAGGAACAACCAGAACUCUUGGAUGCUCCUCUUCCAGCCCAGUCCCCUUCCAAAAUGGGAUAGAGCAAAAGCAGCCCGGUUCAUAUUUGGAGUUUGAUAGGCACAGAUUUUGUUUCUUGUUCAAUUUUAUCCUUUCGAUUGGUUUUCACACCUGGAAGUCUUUUUUUUUUUUUUUUUAAGCUCUUAAGACUGUUCUGUGAUACAUUAUACUAAGAUCUAUUUAGGCUGUUUGUUAAUGAUUAUUUUACAGUUAUCAUUACCACUGUUAUCUUGU